AUGACAGAAGAAAUAACAUAUGCUAAUCUGAAAUUUGGAAACAGCCAUGCACUGCAUAAUAUCACAGAGCCUGAAGAUACUAAGGAAAAAGGGCCUCCCACUUCACCCUGCUCUUGCCAGCCAGUAGUCCUGAUUUUGUCCAUUAUGUGCCUGGCAUUGCUGAUGGCCCUGGUGAUCCUGGCAGUUUUCCUUUUCCAGAUUCCCAAGGACUACAUGAUACAGCUCAGAGACCUCAACAUGACAAGGAAUGAGCUGCAUGCAAAUUUCUCAAAUAUGCUGCAAGCCAUAGGAAAUCAUCUCUGCUUGGAAGGGGAAAAAAGCCUUAAAAAUAAUGGCCAGACCUGUGUCCUCUGCCCUGUCAACUGGAAGUGGUAUGGUGGUGGUACAUGUUACUACCAUGCCAAGGAACAGAACUCAUGGCAGAAGAGUCACAAAUUUUGUCAGGAACAAAACUCUACUCUUCUUCUGCUAAAAGAGGCAGCAAAACAGGAACUGGUAAAAAAAUUUCCUGAAAAAUCAUACUGGCUUGGAUUAACCUUUAGACCUGAUCAGAGAGACUGGUAUUGGGCAGACAACACAAGUCUUACAGAAGCACAAAAGUUACAGACAAAGAAUAUAAACUUCCUGGAAGAAUGUGGAUAUUCUUAUGAAGCUACUAUAUAUUUCACAUCAUGUAAGAGAUGGAUGAACUAUAUCUGUGAAAAGCCUGCCAUCCAAUUACAGAGAGGUAACGACCAUUGGCAGGAGGACUGGUUUGUCAGACCAAAAUUAUUUUGA